AUGGCUACUCCGCCAGCAUUGAACUCAACUGAACUCAAUUGCGAUGUCGGCACUGCUUUGGGCUACUGGGACUUGUUGGUAUCUUGUCGUAUCGUGAACCGCGCUGACUCCUGUUUCCAGAACUGGUAUAUGUACUGGACCGACAAACGGCACGAAACAACCGGCAAGCCAAAGGCAACGUUACAUGAGCUGCAGGACUGGCGUAUGCGUGACAGACUCAAAACUGUGUCUGCUGCCCUGGCCGUAUGCCUUAACAUUUCAGUCGAGCCUCCCGACCAGCUCAAGACGAACCCCGGUGCGAAGCUCGAAGCGUGGACUGAUCCUACGACCCCGCCUCCUCAGAAAGCCCUGGAAAACAUUGGAAAAGCGCUCCAGGCGCAGUACGAGACCCUUGCAAUUCGAACGAGAUACAAACAAUACUUGGAUCCGUCGGUGGAGGAAACAAAGAAGUUCUGUCAGUCCCUGCGUAGGAAUGCGAAGGAUGAGCGAGUCCUGCUUCACUACAAUGGUCACGGAGUACCAAAGCCUACUGCCAGUGGUGAAAUCUGGGUUUUCAACAAGAAUUACACGCAGUACAUUCCAGUCUCGCUGUAUGAUCUUCAGCAGUGGCUGCACGCCCCUACGAUAUACGUUUGGGAUUGUUCCGAGGCGGGCAACAUCCUCAACAACUAUCACCGAUUCGUGGAGAAGCACGAACAAGAAGAGGACGAGGCCGCCGCAAGAGAUCCGAACUAUGAGAAGACAGUGUUUCAGCCUUAUAUCCACUUGGCCGCCUGCGGUGUUAAGGAGAAUCUCCCAACGAACCCUCUCCUCCCAGCAGAUUUAUUCACUGCCUGUCUUACCACGCCUAUUGAGAUGGCUCUUUGGUUCUUCGUCCUCCAGAACCCUCUCAAGACGAAUCUUACUCCAGAGCGCGCCAAGAAGCUCCCCGGAAGAUUGCAGGAGAGAAGAACACCCCUUGGUGAAUUAAACUGGAUCUUCACAGCCAUUACGGAUACGAUUGCUUGGACAACGCUACCCCGACAUCUGUUCCGGAAGUUCUUCAGGCAAGACCUUAUGGUGGCCGCCUUGUUUCGUAACUUCCUUUUGGCUCAGAGAAUCAUGUCUGUCUACGGGUGCCACCCCCAAUCCUUUCCCGAGCUCCCCGAGACCCGUCAGCAUCCGUUAUGGGCAAGCUGGGAUUUGGCUGUAGACAUGGCUUUGGCUCAACUUCCUAUGCUGGAGAGGAAGGAGAACGAAGGCAUCGAGUAUGAGUACCAAAACUCGACAUUCUUCACCGAGCAACUGACGGCGUUCGACGUCUACCUUACCCGUGGAGACGCCAUGUCUCAGAGACCACCAGAGCAGCUUCCAGUGGUACUUCAAGUCCUGCUGAGCCAACAGCACAGAGUUAGGGCACUAAUUCUGCUUGGAAGGUUCCUCGACCUGGGUCCUUGGGCUGUGCAGCUCGCUCUGAGCAUAGGUAUCUUCCCUUACGUCCUGAAGUUGUUACAGUCUGCUGCGGCGGAACUGAAACCAGUUAUGAUCUUCAUAUGGACCAGGAUUUUGGCGGUCGACAUCUCGUGCCAGCAGGAUCUUAUCAAAGACAGCGGAUAUAAUUACUUUGCUCAGAUCCUCAAACCAUCCGAGAGCUUGCCGGUUGUUAACGAGGCCGAGCAUAAAGCGAUGUGUGCUUUUAUUCUAUCCAUGCUCUGCAAGGAUUACAAGCCUGGUCAGCACGUCUGCAACCAAACAGACAUCAUGACGUACUGUCUGUUGCAUCUACAGAACCACGAAAAUCCGCUGCUUCGGCAGUGGUCAUGUCUCUGCAUCAGCCAACUAUGGCAAGAACUUCCAGAGGCCAAAUGGCGUGGCAUUCGGGAGAACGCGCCUGCGAAGUUAUCAUUCCUGACCAAGGAUCCAGUCCCCGAGGUUCGAGCUGCGAUGAUAUAUGCCAUGACCACGUUUCUGGGCAUUAUUGACCUCACUGAUGAGGUUGCUCGGAUCGAAGAGUCCAUUGCGUGGACAUUACUGGACAUGGCCAACGACGGCAGUCCACUGGUACGCCGCGAGUUCCUUGUCUUCCUUUCAAGGUUCAUCCUCCGCUUUGAGAGCAAGUUCAUUGUUGCUGCAUAUGAACAACUUCAAGAAGAGAGAGAAUACCUCCUGUUCCCACCAGGGCAGGACGGCAUGGACCACAAGAUGGGGUUGCAUUACGCCAGGAGAGAGAACCGGAACGCAGACGGGACCAUUAAGCCCACGGUCCAUGGCUUUGCACACAACACCGUCUUUUCUGCUUGUUGGAAGCAUGCUUUGAUGUUGAAUGUUGAUCCUCACCCUGAGGUUCAGCGUGAUGCGACGAUGAUUGUGGACUACGUCCAUCAAGCUGUGAUGGCUUCGCCUGUAGGUGAACAUGCCCAGAUUCUCGUCGACGACAUUCGGAAGAGAGCAAAGCGAGCUUCAACGAAAAACCACCUGAACUUGAGUCAACGGAGCCACGCCAUUGGCGUCUCCAACUCUUUAGCUACUCCACCGCUGCCUUCUCCCAGUUUGUUACGUCGCACUGCAAGCUUGCUAUUCCAGUUACCCUUGUUCAGCAAUGAUGGCAAAGCCGAUGCCAACGAAAAACCCAAUUACUCCUCUCCGGCACCCUCGCCUGGUCUGAACAGGGUUGGAUCUCAGAAGAUCAAGGCCCCGGAGCUUGCUGAAGCGCCCCCAGAGCAGAGUGACCCCACAGCUAUCCAUGCCAAUUACCACGUUGCCAGAGAGCCUGUGUCUGCUGGGUUUGAAGACCGGAAGCCAGGCGAAGCGCCCUCUCUCCCUCUCCAGAGUACUUUCUUGGAGUGGUCAAUCGAGUAUUUCUGCGAGCCUCAGAUGAAGCCAAGCGAGUCAGACGAGCCGGGCAGCACCGAAUACAACGAAAGACUCUGGAGACGGUCUCGAAACGACUUCAUUCUGACAGAAACGCAGCCACUCAAGCAGUACGCCGGCAGUCACAAGUGGAACAACCAGCUGGGCAUCACCAACAACGGCUCACAGCCUGCCAAGCUGACGUUUCAUCAGUUCGAAGAUCAGCUUGCCGUUGCGGAUGAUGGUAAUACGGUUUGUGUCUGGGACUGGAAGAAGCAUGCUCGAUUGAGCAAGUUCUCCAAUGGUAAUCCGGAGGGCUCAAGAAUCAGUGACAUGAAGUUCAUCAAUGAGGAUGACCAGGCUUUCCUAAUGACCGGGUCGUCCGAUGGAGUCAUUCGCAUCUAUCAAAACUACGAUUCCGACAAAUCCAUCAGCCUGGCAUCUUCUUGGCGGGCUCUUACGCACAUGGUACCUAGUAACGUCAACUCCGGCAUGGUGUUUGACUGGCAGCAGUCGCUGGGCCGUGUGUUGGUGGCCGGCGACGUACGAGUCAUCCGGGUAUGGUCUGCGGGUUCCGAGACUUGCAUCAUCGAUAUCCCCGCCCGGUCUGGCUCCUGUGUCACCUCCUUGACCUCUGACCAGAUGACGGGCCACACAGUUGUGGCUGGGUUUGGUGACGGCGCUGUCCGCGUUUUCGACACCAGGAUCAGACCACAGGACUCUAUGAUCAAGAAGUGGAAGGACGAGACAGACAGACAGUGGAUCAAGAGCGUCCAUCUGCAGCGCGGUGGACAACGAGAACUCCUUAGCGCUAGCAGGAACGGCAAGGUCAAGCUUUGGGAUAUCCGGAUGGAUCGACCCCUUCAUGUUUACCAGACAACUCGAGACACGCUUCGAACGGCCAGCACCCAUGAGCAUCUGCCGGUAUUUGCUGUGUAA